GUGGAUUCCUCAGCGGUCACUGGGGCCCAGCCCUGCCUUCACCAGUUCUCCCGGCGCCUGGAGCCCAGGCAAGCCCUGCCCUGGGGCCCCAGCCUGGCCCUCUGCAUCCAGCAUUCUGCGGCAGGGCAGGGUCCUGCCCGUUGCCAUCUGGGUCUCCAGCUGAGCCUGGGCGGAGCUUCAGCAGGCGAGGGCGCGGGAGUGCGCAGAGAGAGGGUGAGCGUGUGGAGGUGGCUUUGGCCAGGCAGCCAGAACUCCGCAGUGACCUCCCCCCCCCCCCCCCCCGGUCUCAGGGCCCUGGAUGCCCUUAGGCUGGCUUGGGGCAGGGUGGACAUUCUGGGCACAGAGCAGCCUGGGGCAAGUAGCCGUCCUGGCCGCUGUCCCUCACACUCCAGACGCAGCCCCUGUGCCUCCAGCCAGUGCUGAGAGGGAGAAGAGCGCAGGGCCACGGUGCUGGUAGCGCUGGGGCGGGCUGCAUCUUGGGGUGUGCGAGGUGCUUCACUCCGUGCCUUCCAUGGGUUUGUGCAGCAAAUGCCACUAGGGCCCCAAAAGAGUAAGGAAAGGGGUGGAGGGCCAGGCAAGGCAGAUCUGGGUCUUGAACUGGACCGGUGGUCCCGAGUCUGGUUGACCUUGGGCCAGGCCAUUGCCACUCCCCCACAAGUGCAUCCUGGGCAGGUGAGCCCAUGGAAGCAAGAAGCCUGUUCCUGGAGGGACUGUCAGGGCCCUGAUGGGCACCCAGUCAAGCCUCAAAUGGGGGUGUGCCUGGCCAUAGAGUCUAGGGGGCUGAAGGAUCUGUCCACCCACCACAGUCCCCCAGUGCUGGGGGGUCUGCAGCUGGAGGGGUCCCCACCCCCACAGGUGGGCAGGACAGACAGGGAGCUGGGGGAGUUGAAGGGACACGUCAGUCUGUGACCGAAGCUUUGGGACGGUUCCAGGCAGUGUGUGUGUGUGUGUGUGUGUGUGUGUGUGUGUGUGUGUGUGUGUGUGUGUGUGUGUGUCUGGAAAAACCGUGCUAUGUAGCAACCAGAGGGCAACGCCCAUGGCCCUCGGCCCCCCCUGGCAUCCUCCCCACAGGGGCCCGUGCUGUGACCAUGGCAAUGGCAAUAACAGCGGGGAAGGCCAAGAAGAGAUUCAUCACCCUGCUUAUCAAGGGGGGGCUCUCAGCUCCGCCCACCCCCAGGGUCAGGCGGGUUUGGAGUCCCAGUGUUGGUGGUGUGGAGGCGUCAUCCCUGGGGCCAGGUGUGUGGAGGGCAGACAAGCCGGCUCACAGCCCCACCUGGCCCGGAGCCCUGAGUGGGCUGGGGGUGUGGGCCGGGCAGAAACAUGGGAAGGCAGCUGCUCAGAGAAGGGCCUCAUGCACGCAUGCCCCGAGAGACACCCUGAUGGAUACGCCCACCCAGGAAGGCACUGGGACACACGCGUGCGCAUCCAGGCAACCUGUCGGUCACUGUCCCCCCCCCAGCUCAUCAUCCCGGUGGAGUUGACCUCUGCCUGGCACACCCACUUGGGGCAGCCUUCUCAGGGAUCUGCAAGGCGGUGCGUGCAACACGUGUGGCCUGAUGCCCGGGAUCUGCUGUGACAGACGCCCACCUACCCCAGAGUGUCCUGCCCCGUGCCCCCUGCCCACGCGGUCCUCUCCAUCACCAGGGGUCUUUGCCCUUCCUCCCCUCUCGCUGCUUCUACCUGUCUGCAUUUCCUAGCUGUGUCUGUGUCUCUGUGUGCCCCGUCCACCCCCCCACCCCCCGGCACUCUCCUGCUUUCUUUCCUGCCCACCUUGCUCUCUGGAUCAUGGAGCCAGGAGAUGAGGGAAGCCAGGACCACCUCCUGUUCCUGGCCUGGCCUGGUGGCAUCAGGCGCAGGCCAAGGAGACAUCAAGGGCCGGGUGGGGGUUGUGGGAAGGUUGGGCCGGUGGUGUCGGCUCCAGAAACCAUGCUGAGGUGCCCCUGUGCCAGGCAGAGAGGGUGUUGAGGCUCCAGGCCCGGAGCUCCACCAGUGCAGGGCAGGGCGUGCACCGCCUCCUGAGGGCAGCGGGCAGCCGGGCACCGGGGCUACCCACCUUGUGGACCCCGGGGCUUGCACAGCUCCCGGGGUGGGGGGGCAGAACUGUGGCCUCAGAGAGGGGGUCCCAGGGAGGUGGGAGUGACUGGAGAGCGGUGUGGGGGGCCCGCCGCGGGAGUGUGGGGUCCAGUGGGCCGUCCUCCUCACCGAGGCUGGGGUGCGGCCGGCCUCCCUUACCCUUGAAGGCUUGGAGCUCUCACCGUCACCCCGACCCGGGCCUGGUGGGGCGCCGUCGGGGUGGAGGCAGCCACGGCUUCCACUCCUGGUCCCGUUGCCAGACUCUGGGGGGGGGGGGCUGCUCGCAGCAGGUGGUAAGGGUGAGGGCGUCACUGCGUGGGGAGGCCGGAGCUCCUGGGCCCUGUCAGAGGAUGGUCUCCAGCACCCUCCAUGGGGACAGGGCCUGGACAGGCCCAGAGAUGACGUUUUGUUUGGCGAGAUGGUUGAGGGCACAUGAGGACGCUGGUGCUGGUAAAGGUUCAGGGUGUAGGAUGGAGACACGGCUAGGGAGGUGGCCUGGGUGACAGUGAUGGAGGAGGGUUGGCCCAGGCAGAGUCCUACAGGGCACAGAGCACUGGGACCCCACCCAGGCCUCCACCUCAGCCUGGGCUAAGGGGCAGAUGGGAGGCUGGCCAGCCGCCUCCCCUCGAGGGCCCCACCCCCUUGAGAUGCAGGCCUCUCCGCUGGUCCGCAGAGGCUGGCCUAGGACCCCGCAGCCCGCGAGAGAGCCAGCCCCCUAGGUCUUCGCCCAUUCCUGGGGCGGGUGGGGUCCGCGGUCUCUGCCUGGCACGGCGGAGGCUCCAGGGCCGCUCCCGCUUUCCUUGGACGAACGACUUGGACCGCUCUGCACUCGGCGCUUCCCGCAGAGAUAAAGACCCCUCCCCCGCCGGCCCCGGCAUCUCCCAGACGGCCUGGGCCGGCCUGGGCGUCGCCGCAUCCACUUCCCGCCACAGAACCCCCAGCCCCCGCAGCCGAUGGCUGUCCCCGUGGAGAAAAUGGAUGCCCCGUCGCGGAGUCCCCUCUUCUGAAUUCCCUGGGGACGUUCCCGCUGCGGUCCGAUGGACUUCCAGGGGCGGGUCUGAGGUGGGGCGCGUGAGAGAGACCGCCACCCGACCCGGACCCGGCGCCACCAUGCCCAAGUGCCCCAAGUGCAACAAAGAGGUGUACUUUGCUGAGCGGGUGACCUCCCUGGGGAAGGACUGGCAUCGCCCUUGCCUGAAGUGUGAGAAAUGUGGAAAGACGCUGACCUCGGGGUCUCACGCCGAGGCUUCGGGCGCGGUGGGGCAGAGAGCCACACUUUCAAGUAAACCCAGGUUUUGGAGACCCCAUCCCUGGCUGCCCGCCGGGCCGCUGCCCCUCUAGGCCGAUGGCAGGCCCUCCCCACAGGCACCUGGGGCUCCCCUGUAGACCCUCAAGCCCUCAAUAAACCCGGACACUUGGAAGACCUA